GAAAAAUGGGGCAAUCAUCAUCGAUGGAGCAGGGAGUAUCACCGGAGCUACGCAAAGUACAAUCACUAGCUGCAUCAACUGGAGCCCUUCCUUCUCUCCAGAAAUCAUUUCCUCUUCUCUCUAAUCUCCAAACUCAAUCAAUUCCUCUCGCUUCUCUUCAGAAAUGUUUCGAUUUGACUUGUGCGAAUGUGGAAUCUGAUAAAGAUGUGGUGCUUAAGGAAUUGCCCCUAUUGUUUAGUCAUCUAGGUUCUGCAAUAGUUGAAUUGUUUUUUGUGGCUGAUAAAAAUGGAGUGAAUGAGGUAGAGUUUUUGAGAGGUUACACCAAUAUCUGCGGAAGGGCGGUUGCUUCCACAUUGUUAAACAAUUUGUUUCGAGUAUUUUCCGUGCCAUGUUCGAAGGCCGGGCUCCAAGUCGAUCUGCAGUUUGAGCUAUUUGAUGAUAAUUGCAAAGUUAGUGGGGCGUUGUUGCCCCAUGAUGUUCGUAUGCUUCUGUGCCUCUGUUGGAUUUUCUCCUGUGAUUCUAGGAUGUUUAGAGGGAAUGCAGGGCAGAGUGAAGGGAAAUUUAGUAUUCCAGAUAUCUCUCAUUUGGUAUCCUCGGCUAUUGAGGCGUGUAGUGAAGGAGAUGCUGGUUUGGAUUUUUGGGACUCCAAUGUGUCGAAGAUAGAUAUUCAACUUCCUGCUGUGAAAAUUCAUCUUUGGGCAUUGAAGAAUGUACCACACCUCGCAGAUUGCUUUCAGCAAUUCGUUCAUGCAAGACUCUGUUACCCCACGGCCCCGGAGGAGAAAUCAGAGCCAUCAUGCUCUUUUGCUAAUGAGAGCUCCUCUCCAGAAAUUUCUAAAAUUCGGCUUUUGACUCCUGGAAGGGCCUGGGCCAUCUCACUCACCUUGAGAGGUGCUAUACAUGAAGAGGUGUCAAAAUCUUGUUUUCCCAGUGAAGAUUAUCAAACGAACGAAAACCUACUUUACCAAUCCUCUGUUGAUGGCAAAGGUCUUAACCGCUUUUGGUCAAGGGUCGGGGGCUACAAUGGUCCAACACUAAUGCUUAUUUCUGCAUGUGAGCAAAAGAGCAACGCAAGGCCAUGGAUCAUUGGUGCGCUCACAAAUGCGGGCUUUGAAAAUAAAGAUAUAUAUUAUGGGAAUUCUGGCAGUCUGUAUGCUUUAAGUCCAGUCUUUCAUGCAUACUUAUCCUCAGGAAGGGAGAAAAAUUAUGUCUACAGUCAUUCGCACGGUAGGGCUUAUGAAGCUAAACCCAAACCAGUGGGAGUUGCGUUUGGUGGAUCUUUAGGAAAUGAAAGAAUAUUUUUGGAUGACGAUUUUGCGAAAGUUACUGUUCGUCACCAUGCUGUUGAUAAAACAUACCAACAUGGCAACCUUUUCCCCAAUCAGGGAUUUCUCCCAACUGAAGCCUCGGUUUUCCAAGUAGAGGUAUGGGGAUUAGGCGGGAGAUCUGCUCGAGAGGUACAAGCUUCUCUUCAGAAGCGAGAAGAAAUUUUUACAGAUCAAAGGCGCAGGAUCGACUUAAAGACAUUUUCCAAUUGGGAAGAUUCACCCGAAAAGAUGAUGAUGGAUAUGAUGUCCAAUCCGAAUGCAGUUACACGUGAAGAACGAUGAUCACAAGAAAAAUCUUAUCAAUAUAUAACACAUUGUAAAUAUCACUGUACAUUAGAGCGCUGUGUGUUGGGAAUAAAUUAAAUUGCUUCAUCGUCA